AUGGUUCCCUUCCGAGCUGCCGCCGCCAUUAACGCCAGCUCCCGCCGACAUGCCAGCUCCGUCACACCCCAUACCGCCGGCACCAGCUUCGCCAAGGUCCGCAGGGAGGUGCCUCUCCCCAGCGAGGAGAAGACCAAGAGCGUCAUCCAAUAUGCUCUCACCUCUCUGGACGUCAUCACCAACUGGGCCCGCCAAUCCUCCCUCUGGCCCAUGACCUUCGGCCUCGCCUGCUGCGCCGUCGAAAUGAUGCACCUCUCCACCCCGCGCUACGACCAGGACCGCCUGGGCAUCAUCUUCCGCGCCUCCCCCCGCCAGUCCGAUGUCAUGAUCGUCGCCGGCACCCUCACCAACAAGAUGGCCCCCGCCCUGCGCCAGGUCUACGACCAGAUGCCCGACCCCCGCUGGGUCGUCUCCAUGGGCUCCUGCGCAAACGGCGGCGGCUACUACCACUACUCGUACGCCGUCGUCCGCGGGUGCGACCGCGUCGUCCCCGUCGACAUCUACGUCCCCGGCUGCCCGCCCACCAGCGAGGCCCUCAUGUACGGCAUCUUCCAGCUCCAGCGCAAGAUGCGUAACACCAAGAUCUCGAGGCUCUGGUACAGGCGAUAG